ACAGCAGCUUCACGAAAAGAUAUUGGGAAAUCGAAGAACCAGUGAGUUCACUGUCAACAAGUUUCGCCUCAACACUCCACUCACUCUUUCUUCUUCUUCUUCUUCAUCUUCUUGUGCCGUUCAAUCCACAAUAAACGAAGCUUAGAGAUACACAUAGAUAGAUAGAUACAGAUAGCUUCUUCACCUUCAUUAACAAUGGCACAUACAUCGCUUUUCACACCCACUUCCUCUCUUACAUUUCUUCCCUCCCUUCCCUCUUCUUCUUCUUCUUCGCGCUCCGUCAACCUUUCUUUGCCCUCUCACUCUUUUCUCUCCGGGAAAUUAAGGAAAUCGGCAGAAAGUAAGGUUACUAAAAAAUCUCCGGUGAAAGCGGUGUAUGGCGAUGAAUUUUGGACACCUGAGAGGAGUUCAACUCAGGGUAUUUGGUCCAUGAGGAAUGAUUUGCAAGUCCCAUCUUCCCCUUAUUUUCCUGCUUAUGCACAAGGACAAGGGCCACCCCCAAUGGUGCAGGAGCGAUUCAUGAGUGUUAUAAGUCAGCUUUUCCAAUAUAGAAUCAUCCGUUGUGGUGGAGCAGUUGAUGAUGAUAUGGCAAACAUCAUAGUUGCUCAGCUCCUUUACCUCGAUGCUGUUGAUCCUAACAAGGAUAUUGUCAUGUAUGUAAAUUCUCCAGGAGGAUCGGUUACAGCUGGUAUGGCAAUAUUCGAUACAAUGAGGCAUAUCCGACCUGAUGUGUCCACUGUUUGUGUUGGAUUAGCGGCUAGUAUGGGAGCUUUUUUGCUUAGCGCAGGGACCAAAGGUAAGAGAUACAGCUUGCCAAACUCAAGGAUUAUGAUCCAUCAACCGCUUGGUGGUGCUCAAGGAGGGCAAACUGACAUAGAUAUUCAGGCAAAUGAAAUGCUGCAUCAUAAGGCAAACCUGAAUGGAUAUCUGUCCUAUCAUACUGGCCAAAGCUUAGAGAAGAUUAACCAGGACACAGACCGUGAUUUUUUCAUGAGCGCAAAAGAAGCCAAAGAAUAUGGACUCAUAGAUGGUGUCAUUAUGAAUCCUCUCAAAGCUCUCCAGCCAUUGCCGGCUGCAGAGGAGGGAAAAGAUCGGGCUGUUGUUUGAACCUGUGAUUGUUGCACUCUAAUUUCCAAGGUAUAGAAAAACAAGAAUGAUGUUUUUGGUUUCUGAGUCCAAUUGAGUUAUCUGUACAACCCUGUACCGAAAUAUUAGGUAAAAAUGUUACUUCUUGAGUAUUUCCUUUAUGCCGAUAGAAGCUUCCUUAAUGGACCCUGGAUGUGUUUCUUCCCCUUAAUUCAUUCUAUUGUGAUAAGUGGUAACUGAUAUGUCCUCGCAUCUUUGGUAUUAGAUUAUUUCUGUUUUUCCUUUGA